AGCUGCCGAGGAGAAGCAGGCGGAACUGCAGGGCCAGGUUGAACAGUUGCAGGGUGAUGUGGCUGAGCGUGAUCAGAAGCUGGAGGAGAUGCUUGCUGCACAGAAGGACCUUGAGGAGCGGUACGCCGACGACACCCGAGCUGCCGAGGAGAAGCAGGCGGAACUGCAGGGCCAGAUUGAGCAGCUGCAGAGUGAUCUUGGCGACAAGGAGGCCGGGCUGGAAAAUGCUGAAGCUGAGCAUGAUGAGGCUAUUAAAGCUCUUGAGUGUAUUCUUGAAGAGCGUGACCAAGAGAUUGAAGAGCUGUUGGCUGCACAGAAGGAGCUUGAGGAGCGAUACGCCGACGACACCCGUGCUGCCCAGGAGAAGCAGGCGGAGCUGCAGGGCCAGAUUGAGCAGCUGCAGAGUGAUGUGGCUGAGCGUGACCAGAAGCUGGAAGAACUGCUUGCAGCACAGGGGGAGCUUCUGAAUUGUCAAGAAAAGGAUGCGUGCGCUGCCCAGGAGAAGCAGGCUGAGCUUUUGCGGCGUUUGGAACUUCUGGAGAAUGAAUUGCAAGCCACUGAGAAGCAGAUGCAGGAUGAAAUAUCUGCUUACGAGGCUGAGGUGGAUGAUUGGCGCUACAAACUUGGUGAGGAACAGCGCCAGAGCGAGGAGCAGUCUGCUGAGUUUGAGGGUCGUAUAACGGAGCUUGGCAAGGAGCUGCGGGAUGCCAACAGGCGCAUUGAGGAACUGAGGCAGUAUAUGGUUGAUGUCGAACAGUACGUUCGUGGUGCCUAUCAGACGACGCUCGAAGGAUUCUGUGCAACGCGGCAAGAGGCGCUAGAAAUGCUCAGUCUUAGCACUACUUCCAACAUGAACGACUACAAGAACGCUAUGGCGGCAAGGGUGCAACUGAUGGCGGCGGUAGAUCAGCUGCAGCAGAUGUUGGAGGAUGAAAAGCGGCAGGCGGAGGAGGAGAUUGAUAAACUUCGCAGCUCACUAGCGGAGUCGAAGUCCUCGAGCCGGAACCGUUUGAAGGAUGUCAUUGCGUUUGUGCGGUCUGCGCAGGGUUUUCUCGUUAAGGCGGUGGAGGUUGGCGCGGACUGCGCUGAUGGGAACUCACGCCUGGGGUCACCAGAGCCUCGUCUUGGCGUUUCAGUGCCACUUGGUGAUCACUCAAACAAGGAAAAUAAUGCGAAGCGCAGCAGCCCACAAGCUAUGCUCACAUCGGUGGGCCAUGCGGUGUGA